GUCAUAAAGCCACUGAGGAAAGUCCUUGUUAUGUCAUCUGAAACGCCCUGUCUGUUAAUGCUCUUGUAGCAAUAGUUUAUUUUAGGAUUAUCUCCCUCUCCACUGACCUGCCAUAACGCUAUUGCAAUUACCGAAAUGAAGAAGUUAAUUGUUGGAAUUGGUGGGAUGACUAAUGGAGGAAAGUCUACCCUGGCCAGGAGUCUACACCAACAGAUACCCAACAGCUGUAUCAUUGCGCAGGAUGCCUUCUUUAAGGACGAUUCUGUGGUACCUGUGGACAGCAAUGGGUUCAAGCAAUAUGACAUGCUUGAUGCUCUCCACAUGGAUGAGAUGAUGAGCGAGGUAGACUCUUGGUGCAGAGACCCUGAGUCAUUCCUGGCACUACAAGGGCUGGUCACUGGGCAUGCAGCACCAUCAGGCCAAGACAAAGUGUAUAUGCUGAUUGUGGAAGGCUUCCUUAUUUUUAACUACAGGCCAUUAAACCAAUUAAUGGACAAAAGUUAUGUCAUGGAAAUCCCUUAUGAUGUCUGCAAGAAGAGGAGAAGCUCAAGGGUGUACACACCCCCAGAUCCCCCUGGCUACUUUGACGGACACGUGUGGCCGAUGUACUUGAAAAACCGCAAGGAGCUGGAGAGCAUGGUUACAGGGAUUGUGUUACUGGAUGGGCUGAAGUCAAAGGAGGAGUUGCUGGCCUCCGUAUAUGAUGAUAUCAUUAAAGAAAUAGAAAUACUUAGCGGGACGGGGGAUGUUUCUGAUGUAAAGCUAAAUUAAGAUGCAGCAACGGAAAGCAUACAGUGAUGUAAGGGAAUGGAGGAGCUUGAUGGACAAGGGAAAGUCAGACUGAAAUGGAUGGGAUUGGACAUUGAAGAAUACGCCACUGCCAAAUAACAUGACAAUUUAUCCUUUGGACUGAUCGACUGCUGGGAAAUGGCAACAGCCAUACAUUGUGCUUCCUCUGAAGUUAAACUGAAUUGACCAAGAACAGGUUAAAUAUUAAACUCUUUUCUGAUAAGAGUGAAAGCUGAGUUUGAUCUGACAACAUCAUAAGUCCAUGUCCUUCAGAACAGCCUGCUAGUGUGGUUUGGUUAUGUUUUGUUUACAUAGAAAGACUGAACUGUAUAAAUAUGGCUUUGUUCAAACUUUGAAGAAAGAUGUUAUUGCCAAAUCAAAUAAUGUGUCAUUAAGUGACUGCAAGGAAUGGAGGACAGCAAAUACGGACGGACUGCUUAGUAGUAGACCGUACUGUUUAUAUGAUAUUUAACUAUGAAAAUGUUGCUUAAAGUUCAAACAUGUGAACUCUAAAACUGAUUUUGGGCCAAAUAAAGCUCACUGAGUAUUUCCA